CAAUUAUCUACUAUUAAGUUAUUAUAAUGUUUUUCUUUUUAUUUUUUUUUUAAUUUUGGAUCUAAAGUAAUUAUUUUUUUAUUCAUUUUAGUUAAGGCUAAUUUCAGCUAAUGGUCCAAUGUGUGUCACAUUAGCAACAACUCGAAAGUAAUACGGGGAAGUCAAGGGCCACUGCAAUGUGUUUGAUAAAAUGCCUGAAAAAGAAUAGGUACCUUUUCUUCCAGUCACUGUGCUUUUGUUUUACUUGCUUGGAAGGUGACUCUUAGUUUCGGCAUAAUGGGUCUUAGACUUUUUGAGCUACUUUACGCUGGAAAACAUUUUAUUAUAACCAACAAGUCUUCAACUUCUUUCCUGAACUCCACAUUUUAUCACUCUUCGAAAGACGCUCUCAACUUGCAAUGGUAUCAGGAUGAGUUUCCCAAGGUGAAAGAGUUGACCCGUUUGCUAGCAAAUGUGGAUACAGUUAACGGGAGACUUGUUGAUGUAAACAGCAAUACAACCGUAUUUGAUGAUGGCAUUGAGCGUGAAAUGUGUACCUUCAAGUCUCUUGUCCGCGUGUUUGUUGGGUCUCCAUUUGUUCAGCACCGGAUGAAACAUGUUGUGGCCUCUUUCACCACAAGCACACAACAUGAAUCGUUUACCCCUUUUAGUAAAGCAAUUGAAAGAGAGCCUAUGGUGGUUGAUUCACUGACCAAAGUGGGCAACUUUCUCAAUGUCUCUGCUCAACAAAGGAAGAUGGUUCGUUUAAGAGUGUGCCCACAGGUUACUCAGCAUCGCAUAUGGACUGGUGCACUAAAAGAAGUUCUGAAUGGUUUUGCAGUAGAUUUGGAUUGUUUGAGUUCUCGGGGCUUAAACAAUGGUGCUUUAUCCGGUGGCCAAAUUGUUCAAAGCUGCUUGAAGUUUCUUACUAAAAUUUCUGUCUGUUCGGACCCUGAGUCAUCUUCUUGGAUGAAGCUUUCUCCUUCUAAAACAGUUGAUUCCUAUGAUCCCCGGAAAUGGGAAGAUGUUCUUGUAAUGUUCAAUGAUCUGACUGAAUGCUGUAGAAGUGAAAAUAUGUUGAAAUUGCAUGUGGCUAAGGCUGAGGUCAUGAAGGAGGGGCUUUUGCACAUUAGGGAUGUUUUAGUUGACAACAGUAUUGGAUAUAAGGAAGCUCAACAUCAAGAAAGCCUAGUGAAGAAGAAGCUUUCCAAAAUGUUGGGUCACUCGUCUCGUUGCUUAUUCACUCUAUUACUGUAUUACCUCUAUGGGAGGGUUGCAGAUAUCAAAGUAGACAUGUGCGGUGGGGUCUAUGCAAAUGGAAGUGAUGGCAAGUUUUGCUUGUUUAUGGGAAGAAUCUUGACUUCAGAUAGUGAGAAGAUGGUGGGAUGUGGUGUGAAGCAGUUGGACCGAGCGCUUGGGAUUUUUUAGUUUGUGUGGGAAAUGGCUGGAAUGAAAGGACAUUUAGAUUUGCAGGGCCGUAUGUGGUGUGUUGGAGCAGACAAUAAGAUGCUUAGGUAUAGAGGAAACACGUAUUUCGUGCAUGAAAUUUUCCUUUGAUUAGAGAUUGUAUCACUUUAUCUUUUAAUCUUACUCCUUGGUGCUAAAGUGUCACCACUUAGCAGUUGCCAAUUGCAACACAAAUUCACAAUGUCUGUGAUAGAUAAACGAGAUAAUAUGAAACUGAAAAUUGCCUAUGGUUUUCAAAUUACUAUUUA